AAAGGUGUCAUUCAAACAUCACAUCUAUCAAAUCUGAAUCAAUCAUGCAAAAAUUAAAAUAACAAAAAUUGUUGAUGUUGGCGCGGUGUUUGGGAAAACAUGGAUGGAAAAUUAAUAGUUUUGUGUUAUCCAGCGUUCCUAGGAGAGGAACACAUGAGGUAAAUGAAAAUCGCAGAAGAUUGUUCAACUUGUUGGUGUUAGCGACAGCAGUGGUCGACUGGCAUGCCAUCGAGAUGUACAUGCCAGAAGAGCUUCGCUGGCAGAAAACUCUCCUGGGGCAUACGUUCACGAUGUCGCGUGGAUCCUGUAUCGGCGAAUGCGAGAGCAGCACCAAAGCUGUGGUCACCACCUUCAAGUCCUGGCUUCAAGCUCAUGAAGACGCUCAGGUGAUGGUGGCCAGCGUGCUGGUGGUGGUGGGCUUGUGGUGGCUGCUGAGGACGCUGCUGGCUCUACUCAUCAACCUUGUCUGUCCCAUCCUUAUCGUGAUACUUGCUGUGGUUUGCGUCCCUCAACUGCGCGCUCCUCUGUUGGGACAGAAUUACCCGCUCCUUGCAAACCUUAUCAGAAGCAUCCUGUUGAAGUUGGCUGAAACCCUCAAGACAUAAACAUCAUUUUUUGUGCAUUUAUCAUGUAAUUCAAUAAAAUUGCAAGUGUUUGUAAAGGAUUUUUGUAUUAAUAAAGAUGA